AUGUAUAUGUAUGUUGACAUUUCAAAGAAGCAAAAUUUUAUGAUGAGGGCAACAUUAAUGUGGACUAUUAUUGACUUCCCUGCAUAUGGCAUGUUGUCUGGUUGGGGAACUCAAGGUAAAUUGGCAUGUCCACAUUGCAUGGAGCAUUCUAAAGCCUUUACAUUAGAGAAUGGCGGUAAAAAUUGUUGGUUUGACUCACACCGAAGGUUUUUACCCACCAAUCAUGCAUUCAGGAAGAACAGAAAAGCGUUUAUAAAAGGCAAGGUUGAAACUGAUGCACCACCACCUACAUUGACACCCAAUCAAGUUUGGCAAAGAGUUAGGGAUUUACCUUUAGUAACAGAAAAUCCUAGCUUGCCUAGGUUACAAGGAUACGGGGAGUCACAUAAUUGGAGGAAAAGAAGUAUAUUUUGGGAUCUUCCUUAUUGGAAAGAUAAUAUUUUGAGACACAAUCUUGAUGUGAUGCACAUUGAGAAGAAUUUCUUUGAUAACAUAUUGAACACUGUUAUGAAUGUCAGUGGUAAAACGAAAGACAAUGAGAAGGCACGGAUGGACCUAGCUUUGUAUUGUAGUCGACCUGACUUGGAAAUGAAAUUGCAACUGAAUGGGAAAAUGUUAAAGCCAAAAGCAAAUUACACUUUACCUAUGGAGGAAUCAAAGAUACUUUGUCGCUGGAUAAAAGAACUCCGUGUUCCAGAUGGUUAUUCAUCCAACUUGGCAAGAUGUGCUGAUGUCGAAAAGGGAAGGAUGCAUGGCAUGAAAAGCCAUGACUGCCAUGUUUUCAUGGAGUGUUUACUUCCUAUUGCAUUCAGUUCAUUGCCAGUGCAUGCUUUAAAUCCACUAACUGAAAUAAGUCAUUUCUUCAAAGACUUGUGCUCUACCACAUUGAAGGUUGAGGAUUUGGAUAGGAUGGAACUAAACAUUCCAAUUAUUCUUUGCAAAUUGGAAAGAGUAUUCCCCCCUGCAUUCUUUGAUUCAAUGGAACAUCUACCUAUUCACCUUGCAUAUGAAGCACGACUUGGUGGUCCAGUUCAAUAUAGGUGGAUGUAUCCAUUUGAAAGAUUUAUGGGAGAUUCUAAGCGAUCAGUGAAAAAUAAGGCGAGGGUUGAAGGAUCGAUAUGUGCAUCUUACAUACACCGCGAAACAACUCAUUUUUGUUCUCAUUAUUUCCACAACUCCACGUUGUCAUCGCAAAGUUGUAGAAAUGAAUUGGAAACUGAAAGUGAUAGGUGUCCAUCAUCGUUGUCCAUAUUUAAUCAACCAGCUCGUCAUUCUGGGAAGCAAAAAUCUCAUUGGUUAAGCCAGCAACAAUGGAAGUCAGCCCAUGUUCAUGUUUUGAUCAAUUGUACAGAAGUUAAACCAUAUCUUGAUUCAUUCCUACAAUUAGAACAAAUAAGUGAAUCAACAGCUCCUUCUCGCAUACAUGAUGAUUUCCCCAAGUGGUUUAAGGAUCAUGUUUACAAUGAACCUAUAAGCGUCAGAAACCAACACUUGAGAGAAUUAUCACUUGGUCCGUUCAUUGAGGUUAAAGAAUGGCACACUCUAUAUGUGAAUGGCUAUAAAUUUCAUAACCAUGAAUGGAGUCAAGGUAAAAAGACAAUAAAUAGUGGAGUUUAUGUCAAAGGGCUUACUGAAGGAGGUGAUGAUGACUUCUAUGGGGUCAUCCAACACAUAUAUGAACUAGAGUACAAUAGUUCAAGUUCUCCCAAGAAAGUCAUGUUAUUUUAUUGUGACUGGUAUGAUCCAUCACGAAGAGGUACAAGAGUAGAUCCCAAAUAUAAUGUUGUCAAUAUUCGCAUGGAUAGAAGAUAUGUGGCAUAUGAUCCAUUUAUUAUUGCUCAUAAUGUAAGGCAAGUUUAUUAUGUCCCAUAUCCAACAUCACGAAUAGAUAAACGCGGUUGGUGUGUGCCAAUUAAAACAAAGCCUAGAGGUCGUAUAGAAUGUCAUGUGGAGGACGAUGUACCGUACCAAGUAGACCAAGUGUCUAUUUCGGAGGGAGAAAGUGUUGCGCCUUCUGCGCCUUCCAAAGGUAAGGGCAAGGCGCGUGGCAAGGCAGCGACCGGCGAAACGGUCGCUGCUGAAAAGAAAAGGGGUGGGAACAACCCUAGGGAUUCUCACCCCACUAUUUCUGUCCCGGGGUAUGAGUGGGUUAGAGGGGAUGUCGGGGAGUUUCAUAGUCGAUUCAGGGCGUUUCUGGAUGUCAAUGCCAUGUGGAAAACACUCAAAAUUUGUAGUUCAAAAAUUUCCAAGCUCAUCCAGGUAGAGCCUUGCCAGCCCGGUGAACGUGUUUACAUGGCGGGUACCCCGAAUACCCCAUUUUUCUACAUGUACGAGUGUUUCUUUAGGGAUAUCAGUGUUUGUUUUCCAUUCACCGAGUUUGAGUGUGCCUGCCUCCGGUUUGUCAAUGUGGACCCCUGCCAGUUGCACCCCAAUAGUUGGGGUUUUUUAAGGACGUUUCAAGUUUUGUGUUCAGCCCUAGGAAUGAGUGUGUCUCUGCCUGUUUUAUUGCACUUCUACCAACUGAAGUUGGGCGAGCCUCCCCUAGGUUGGGUGUCUCUCAAUGGGAGUAAGGCUAGGGGGUUGUUCCAGCUUUACUCCCAAUCAUAUAAAAAUUUCAAAAAAGAGUUUUUCUGGAUCCGACCUGUGGUUUCCGAUCCAAGGGAGGAGGUGGUUUUUCAUAGUGAGGGGGAGCCGAGGUUCCCUUUCUUUUGGCAGCGAAGCCCGGUUAAGUUCAAUGGGUCGAGCUGUCUUCAAUUGUCGGAUUCGGACAAAGAUGACAUCGUCAAAUUGGCCGAGCUUCCACGCCCACUGGACAGCAAACUUGUCCUGUCUGAUGGGGAAGAGCAAGUGGCAUUAAUUGAAGCAAAAUUCAACACUGAGGAGCUCGAGGUGCCCGAGCCUAGUGAGGAGGUUACCCAUUUGACCAAGAGUCCUCAGGCUGAGACUUCUUCGAGGGAGCCUGUGGUGAAGGCUACCCCGGAGGGACAGGUGGGUCUGAUGCCUUCCUCUCCCAAGGUUCGUGGGGAAGGCUCAAGUUUUGGGGUGCUGGGAUCGGCUCCUUCCGCCGCUGCGCCUCCUCCUCCAAGUGCUCCGAGACCGAGGUGUAUCGUGCAACGCUUUGAUGUCAAACGUCCAAUGUCAAGGCUGGAUCACAAGUCCAUCGCUAUAGUGGACCACUGGAGGCGCAAGUGGCCGAGGCUUCAGGGCAAGCUGGAGAAGGCAAAGAAAAGUGAAGCCGAGCUUCAAGCUCUGAGGAGAGAUCUUUCAAAGACUCAGAAGUCUUUGGAGAUUGCCCUAGAGGCCAAUGAGGCGUACGCCACCGAGGUUGGUAGCCUGAAAGAAGUUGCCAAGGUUUGUAAGGUCGAGGCAGAGAUUGCGCGGAGCCGGGUUCUAUCCUUGGAGGAGGAGAACGCGACGUUGAAGGCUGACUUGGGGGAGGCCGUAGAGAAGCAUCUUUACGACGAGGUGCUUCUGGCUGGUAGGGAGGAGGAAAUUGGCUCCCUAAAAACGGAUCUCGAUGUGAUGACCUCCGAAAAGAGAAAUUUGGAGAAGAGGUUCAACAAGACCGAGCGGGCCGUUGUGGGGGAGCAUCAUCGAGGCUUCGCCAAGGCAGUUCGCCAAGCUAUGCUUUUGGCGGGGGAGGUCGAUAUUUCUUCCUUGCACAUUGAUAAAGAUGUGCGAGGUGGGAAAUUGGUUAACGAGGAUGACCUGUCCAAGAGCGCUAGCGAGGAGACUGCUGCUUGA